AUGAUUUUUACUCCAGCUUCUUAGUAGGAGAAAGCAACUUUAGAGAAGAUAGGGGAAUUUCUAAUGGGUUUGAGCAAAAAUGUGCUUAAACAAGGAAGUUCUAUUAGUUUGCCAAAAUUUCUGUAAGAUUUGGAGCUUACAUCAAAUGAACUAUGCUAUAUGCUUUAAGCGAGAGAUUAAAAUGACUAUAGUCAUGCUAUAGGGAGAUAUACGUAAGUUUGGAAGGAUGUAUUGAAAUCAGUUCAGAAUAGUAAUCAAAUGCAAACGGAGGGGGAGCAUGAACAUGAACCAUUGUCUAGAACUGAUUUGAUGUAACGAAUGAAGUAGAGAAUGAUGGAAGGAGGACAAACUGGUAGGUUGGGAGGGGCUAGAGUCGGAGGCUUCCAAUCGCCGUUAGCAGAAAAUGAGAGAAUAAAGAAUCGUUAAUUAAGUAGCAAAAACUCAAAUGCACUGCCUUCGAUUCGAUUGAAUUCUUUCGAUCUACAGAAUGAUCGAACUUUGAAUAAUUCAUCAAGGAUGCAAUACGAACUAGAUGAUCAUCAGAAAUGUAUCUUAAAUGAAGUUUUGAAGCAAAGUAAUAAAUUAAAUGUGUAAAUUGUUAUGAAACGAUAUGAUCCAAAAAUUAAGUUAUGCAUAUCAUAAGGAACAGAUACAAAUCUCGAUAUUUUGGAGGUUAUGAGGAAUUUUAAGAAGGAAUAUCAUGAAAGCAAAUUGUAAGAGAUAGUAAAAGAUAGCGACAAACACAGUAUGGAGUUGCAGAAGUUUCUAAAUGAAAGAAUUGAUUAUAGAUAUACCUUAUAGACUUAAUAGGUGAAUGACAAACUGAAGGGAGUGCAUAAGUAAAUGAUUUAGAAGACCAUGGAUAUCGAAACAGUAAUUUUGGAUACUUAAAAACAAUAAAUCCAAUAAGAUAUGAUACCCAACAUAUUGAAUGAAUUCAUAGACUAUAUCAAUGAUAGUUAUCAGAAUGUUUAGCAUGAGACCUAUAAGGUUUUAAUGAAAUUCGUGUCUGGAUUUAUAGUAAGGAGAGCCAAAUAGGAUUCGGAAAGGAAAUUGCCCAAAUAAAAUUCUCAAUAAAUGUUGUCCAGUUCCAAUAGGGAACGCAAGGCCCCAACUUUAAGAAGAGCAGAUAAUACAGAGCAAUUGUAAAAGGAGUUGUCAAAUAAAAAUGUUGAACUGGACAAAAAGUUUAUGGAGAACUCAGAGUUAUGGAAUAAAGUAAGGUAAAUGGAGAACUAAAUAAUGCAAUAAAAUAUUGAAAUUGAAUCCACCAAAAUUGCUGAAAAGACUAUAGAGUAAGAACGAACUCAACUGUUAUAUGAUAAACAAAAAUUAGAGAAGCAAUUGCUAGUAAUAACUAGCAAGACAUUUUAAGAUUAGGCAGUCUAAGUUUCAGAUCAAACUAUGCAAUAACAAAUAUCAAAAUUAUAAAAGGAGAAUUAAGAACUAUAAUAAAGACUGUAUCAAUUAACUGGAGAAUUAAAUAAGAAGAAAUCAAUACCAGCAGACCAAAGAAGCCUAUAGAUGGACUUUGGUAAUAGUUAAGAUCAAUCCAACAAAGAUUCACCCAAAGCUACAAGCAAAAUUAAAUCCUAAUUUGAUUUUCCUUAGGAUGAAGAUAAUUUUUCAAUUGGCUACCGUGGCGAAUCGAAUCGAUAGAUCUAAUACAGCGAUUACACAAAAAGAUAAAGCACUGACGUUGUACAUAGAAUGAGUUUUACACAGCAUGUCCAAUCCUAGAAAGAUUAAAAGAUCUCAAAAAAUAGUAGUCAAACAUCAGAUACAUAAUAAAAUAAAAGAGGGUUGUAACAUUCAUCUACAGAACUUCAUCCAUCCAAGCAACCCAACAAAUAAACAACACUUGAUUAAAAAUCAAUAGAAGAACUAGAUGAAGAGCAAAUGCAAAAGAGUGGUUUGCUGUUGUAAUAACAAUCAUAACAGUAAAUCAGAAAGAGUGUAUCUCCGAAUAAUGACAAUGGCUAAUUAUUACGAAAAAUGAGUUCAAUAACAAAAUCUGAUUAACAAUUAACUUCCUCGAUUGUAAGAAAGUCUACGGUAAAUUAAAUGAAAAUUGGUGACUCAACCAUUCCCGAUACUGAUCUAACUUAAGCUUAAACUAUUCAGGAUACAUAAAGGACAACAUCAGGGAGAAAAAUGACUUUGACAGAUAGGAAAAAUGAUUCGAGUCCCUCAGACAGGAGAAUCUAAACUGAAAGUUAUGAUUAAUCACAAUUUUAAUAGGGAUAAUAAAGUGUUCAAAUAUCCAAUACUCCACAACAAAAUAAGUAAGUUAAAGGAUACAAAAAGUCGGAAACCUUAUUAUCAAAUAAAACAAAAAAUAAAUACGCCAGGAAAUCAACAGAUUCCAUGAAAGAAAUUCCAGAAGAUCAAGCAAUAAAUUCUAACAGAGGGUCAACUAGGAUAAUUGAAAGUAAUAAAACAAGAAUACAUCUAAUUAAAGAAGAAGAUGAAGUCAGUAGACAUUCAAAAUCUCGUCUUUCUUCUUAGCAAUCCUCAUAAUCUCAUAUACGAAGAUCCAGUACUACCAUCUAAUAACCAAUUAAAAUGGCCAUAAAAGUCAAUGAUGAAAAUCCAGCCGAAUACUUCGCAUCAUGGAAACAAAGAAUGGUAGAAUAGGAGUAACAAACAGAUAUUGAGUUGUUCACUAAUUUUAUAGAAAACUUCAUCUUGAAUCUGGGAUUACCUAUUGAAAUUUAAUAGAAAGUCUUAUAAGCUAUCCCAAAAAUGAUUUAAUCAAAGAAUCUCAAUUAAUUGUCUGAAGAGUAAAAUGCCUUAUUGAAGCAACAACAAUCCUUUAGAAAUGUUGUUCAAAAAUACGGCUUUGAUACUGAAAGAGUGAGUUCCAAUUAAACCAAAAAUCAUAGUAAAUAAUAAUCUCAAGAAUCUCUGUUAAAAUAUGAAUCAGAUGAUGAUUAAGUAUAGAUGAGUUCCAAGUAAGGGGCUUAGAAACAAAUGGAGACUUAAAGAAGUCAAAAUUAAAAUUUUAAAUAAAAAUCAACUAAAUUCUAUUCAUAAAGUUAGAAGAAGGAAUCUACAGUUUAAAGGUAGCCAUCCAGAUAACCUAUAGAUCCCUAGGAAUAAUUGGAUUAAGAUGAAGCUAAAGAUAUUUUUAAUAUGGCUGCAGAUUUAAAAAUAGAUUAAGUAGAUUAGCUAACUUACGAGGAAGUAGUGAAAUCAAUAUAAAAUUAAGAAAAUGAUGGCAAAUAACUACAACUAUUCAAACCUCAUGAAUUAAAAGGAGAAACCUUCUUGCGAACCUUAUUUAAUCAAAUUCAAAAUAAAAAAACUAAAGGAGUUGAGAAUGUAUAAGAGCUACUUAGAAAAUACUAUAAAAAAGGAAAGCAUGAAAACAUUACUUAUUAUGAAUUCAAAGCUUUCUAUUAGAGAUUAGCUGCCAUUCAUAAAAUGUGUGGACAAGACAUUUUAUGUAAUCAUCUCUAAAGAUUUAUUAUGCGAUUAGGAUACACCUGCUCGAUAUUUUCCAAAAGACAAUUGUUAAAAACUAGUACUUCAGUAAUAAAGCCUUUCAAUAGUACUGAAGAUAUGACAACCCAAUCUAAAUUGACAAAUACUCAUAACAAUUUAGCUUAAAGUAGAUUUACUAGCCAAUAAUUUUAUAUGUCAGAAGAAUAGUUUUAUUGA